AUGAAGGCAUGGAGAUUUCACACAGCUGUCAGGGGAGCUGAGAAGCACAUGAAACUCGAAGACGUGACUCUUCCCAACUCUUUUCGCUCACUCCCGCCGCAAUCAUCUCUCAUCAAGGUUGACAUUGUCAGCCUUAACCCCGUCGACAUCAAGUUUGCCGAGACUCCUUUGGUUGGCCAGUACCUGCAUCCCAUGCCUGCUAUUCCAGGCCUUGACGGCGUCGGCCAUGUGGUCAAAACGACAGACAGCACUCUGCACGUGGGCCAGCUUGUCAUGUUUCGCCUGCUGGAAAAACAGUCCGAAGGCGCGUUGGCUGAGUAUGUGCUUGUGCCGAGUGAGGGCUGUGUGCCAGUUCCGAGCGGCGUAUCACCAGCCCAAGCCGCGACCGUGGGCACUUGUGGCGUAACGGCAUGUCAGGCCAUUGCCCCUUUUGUCUCAAAGUACGAUUCUCUAAAGCCUGAGGUAAAAGAGCCUUUCAAAGUUUUCAUCAAUGGUGGCUCGGGAGGCACGGGGACAUUUCAGAUACAAAUCGCCAAGGCACUCGGCUGUUUCGUCGUCACAUCUUGUUCAACCCCCAAUGUCGAUCUUUGCAGAUCUCUUGGGGCGGAUGAGGUCAUUGACUACCGCCUGGGACCUGUCGAGGAUGCACUUCAAGAAAUAGUUCAAAGUGGAAGGAGUUCACUGUUCGACCUCGUUGUUGACAACGUUGAUCUACCUUGGCAUCUCUACAAAGCAGCAACCCGCUACCUGAAGCCUGAGGGAACCUAUGUCCAAAUAGGCGGCGAUGUUAGCUGGCAAGGCAUAAAAGAGCUGUUUUACAUCAAACUACUGCCAACUUCCUUGGGCGGUGGAUCAAGGCGGUGGGAAUUCUUGGCCAUGAAGACCAGCCGCGAGGAUGCUGGGCGUGUGCUUGGCUGGAUGCAAGAAGGAAAGAUUCGAAUACCUGUGGAGGAAGAGUUUGGCUUCCAUGAGGUACCGGAUGCGUAUAAAAGACUCAAGGCUGGAAGGACUAGAGGAAAGAUCAUAGUACACGUUUCGAAUAGCAAAUGA